UUGACGCAAGGGAAAGCAGAAGAGAAACUAGGAGGAAGGUUUCGUCAUAGGAGCACAUUGGAAAUGGAACCUGAGGUUUCUACUCAUGAGAGAUGGCAAUGCCUCCUAUCUGCCAUCAUGGAAGGGAGUUUACAGAAAGUGAAAUACAUCAUAAGAAAAUUCUUCCCAAAGUCAUACAAGUCACAUAUUCAUUCUUGUUUACCUGACCUAUUUAAAGAAAAUCCUCCUCUCCACCAGGCAGUUUUGACAGCAUCAGAUGAAGUGGUACUAUUACUGAUAGAUAGUGGGUUUGACAUCCAUGGCAGGAACCGCUAUGAUGAAACACCACUACACAUGGCCAGCAGGAAGGGCAGAGACGUGAUAGUAAGUAAGCUGCUGGAGUCUGGAGCUGAUAUAGAUAGUAGAGACUGUGCGAAAAAUACCCCACUGUUUAAUGCUGCUACCUACUCACAUCCUCACAUCGCACAGGUCCUCGUCCAAGCUGGCUGUGACAUCAAUACACAGAAUGAGGAGUUGAUGACACCUUUGGACCAGGCCAUUCUGUAUGACCAACGCGACACCAUCUCCAUCUUACUGAAAGCGGGCUGUGAGGUGAAGAAAACCAAUGGCCAUGUCUACUAUGAGGACCAUUAUGUCAAUUCUGUUGUACAUUCUCUCUGGCAAAAUGGUGACAGCAACAACAUCAAACUUCUGCAGAACUGUGGUUAUGAGAUGAAAUACUCCGACAUGAAAAGGCUGGUUCAGUGGAAAUACCAAGUAGUUCAAGGUGUGGAGAUUCCGGAUACAGAUAAAGCUGUGAUUGAAGAAAUUUUAACCCAGCCCUUGCCUUUAAUGAACUGUUGUAGAAUCUCAGUAAGAGAAGCCUUGUCCAAUGUCCAGAAGAAGUGUACACUGGAAAAGUUAUCCGCCCAGCUGCCUCUUCCCAAAUGUCUGAAAGAUUUUAUAGCUUUCAAAGUGUAAUGUUAUACCAUAAAGGCUAUGCCAUGCUCUUUCCACCCCUUUUAAAGGGACUUAGCUGAUACCAAAAGAUAUUUGUUUGUUAUGUUUUUGUAUACAUAUACUAAAAUUGAUAUGAUUUCUCAGAGUAGGGAGUGACAAGAUUGUAUUUUUAGAAGUGUUUGGUGGAUGAUUAAUUAGAGCUCAUACAUGAUAAAUGUAGUAUUUUUGAGAUGAAUGCUGAAGAUUUUUAAGUUUAAUUACGGUAAUGAAAUUCUUCAAAUCCCAUUACAGAGUUUGCAAGUUACACCCUGUGAAUUCACAUACAUGUAUUUUGUCAUAGAGUAAGAUACCUUGGCUAUGAUAAAUGUACCUGUGCCAUCUCUUAGCCAGUAUGUAACAUAUUACCACAGACUUUGACUUUAUGUAAGUCCGUGAUAUUUCUAACCUUUAUCGUUUUGACAGUUUUACCCCAGUUAGAUCUAGUCUAAUAUUUUAACAAGAUUUGUAUGUUAUUAUUUAAAGAUCAUUACUAAGUCAUUCCAUUGUGGUGGUCUUGUUAUUUUCAUGCUUCAUUUAAUUAUUUUUUUCUGGGGGUGUGUUUUUUUUUUUUUUUUUUUGUUGUUUUUGUUGUUGAGAAUCUAAUCAAUAUUAUUGAUACAUAUUUCUGGUCCUCAUACUUCUCCUAAUAUAACCAGGCUAUGCUCCACUAUACCAAGACUAGCUGCAAGUAGCCAUAGUGAUAAAAAUACAAGGGACUAUCUAAUCAUAUUCUUUCCAGUGGGAAAGGUUUACCCACAAAGGAGAAUUAUGUAGGUAUUUUUAUCUGUAUCUAAAGUGAUUUGUGGCUUUAAAUAUUUACAGUGAUAAAACAUACGAUCAAAACCCAAACCAAUCCCAGCUUCCAUUGGCUGAUGGAAUGUAACAAAGGGAAAUAACUUUGGUGGAUCAGAAUAUAAACCAAAGGAUGUGUGUUGUUAGAAUAAUUGCUACCUAAAAUGGCUGCUGAAUUCCAGUAUAAUAGAGCUCAGCCCUGGAAGACAGUAAUGAUACCAAGGUCCAAAACAGUCUAUACAAUUAACGGUUCAUUGAAAAUGUUUCGGUAAUCUUGACCAUGAAAAUUUUCAUCAUUAAAUCAUUUUAACUGUUGUUUUGGGGCUACCAUCAACAUUAUAAUAUUAUAACCUGCAAUACAUGACUAACCAUCCAAUCGGUCUGGAUGUCAAAUCAAGACAUGUUACCAGAUGUAAAUAAAAGCCAAGUGAGUGUUUGUACGUGUCUACCUACAUAAGAGGGUCCCAGUGGCCAUAAGUGUUUUGUAUGUGUCUACCUACAUACGAGGUUCCCAGUGGCUGUAAGAGUUUGUACGUGUCUACCUACAUACGAGGGUCCCAGUGGCUGUAAGUGUUUGUACGUGUCUACCUACAUAAGAGGGUCCCAGUGGCCGUAAGUGUUUGUACGUGUCUACCUACAUAAGAGGGUCCCAGUGGUCGUAAGUGUUUGUAUGUGUCUACCUACAUACGAGGGUCCCAGUGGCUGUAAGAGUUUGUACGUGUCUACCUACAUACGAGGGUCCCAGUGGCUGUAAGUGUUUUGUACAUGUCUACCUACAUAAGAGGGUCCCAGUGGCCGUAAGAGUUUGUACAUGUCUACCUACAUAAGAGGUUCCCAGUGGCCGUAAGUGUUUGUAUGUGUCUACCUACAUACGAGGGUCCCAGUGGCUGUAAGUGUUUGUACAUGUCUACCUACAUAAGAGGUUCCCAGUGGCCGUAAGUGUUUGUACGUGUCUACCUACAUUAGAGGAUCCCAGUGGCCGUAAGUGUUUGUACGUGUCUACCUACAUAAGAGGUUCCCAGUGGCCGUAAGUGUUUGUACGUGUCUACCUACAUACGAGGGUCCCAGUGGCCGUAAGUGUUUGUACGUGUCUACCUACAUAAGAGGGUCCCAGUGGUCGUAAGUGUUUGUACGUGUCUACCUACAUACGAGGGUCCCAGUGGCCGUAAGUGUUUGUACGUGUCUACCUACAUAAGAGGGUCCCAGUGGUCGUAAGUGUUUGUACAUGUCUACCUAUAUAAAAGGGUCCCAGUGGCCGUAAGUGUUUUUACAUGUCUACCUACAUAAGAGGGUCCCAGUGGCCGUAAGUGUUUGUACAUGUCUACCUACAUAAGAGGGUCCCAGUGGCCGUAAGUGUUUUUACAUGUCUACCUACAUAAGAGGGUCCCAGUGGCUGUAAGUGUUUGUACGUGUCUACCUAUAUAAGAGGGUCCUAGUUGCCAUAAGUGUUUGUACGUGUCUACCUACAUAAGAGGGCCCCAGUGGCCGUAAGUGUUUUUACAUGUCUACCUACAUAAGAGGGUCCCAGUGGCCGUAAGUGUUUGUACAUGUCUACCUACAUAAGAGGGUCCCAGUGGCCGUAAGUGUUUUUACAUGUCUACCUACAUAAGAGGGUCCCAGUGGCUGUAAGUGUUUGUACGUGUCUACCUAUAUAAGAGGGUCCUAGUUGCCAUAAGUGUUUGUACGUGUCUACCUACAUACGAGGGUCCCAGUGGCCGUAAGUGUUUUUACAUGUCUACCUACAUAAGAGGAUCCCAGUGGCUGUAAGUGUUUGUACGUGUCUACCUACAUAAGAGGUUCCCAGUGGCCGUAAGUGUUUUUACAUGUCUACCUACAUAAGAGGAUCCCAGUGGCCGUAAGUGUUUUUACAUGUCUACCUACAUAAGAGGUUCCCAGUGGCCGUAAGUGUUUUUGCAUGUCUACCUACAUAAGAGGUUCCCAGUGGCUGUAAGUGUUUGUACGUGUCUACCUACAUAAGAGGUUCCCAGUGGCUUAAGUGUUUGUACAUGUCUACCUACAUAAGAGGUUCCCAGUGGCCGUAAGUGUUUUUACAUGUCUACCUACAUAAGAGGGUCCCAGUGGCCGUAAGUGUUUGUACAUGUCUACCUACAUAAGAGGGUCCCAGUGGCCGUAAGUGUUUUUACAUGUCUACCUACAUAAGAGGGUCCCAGUGGCUGUAAGUGUUUGUACGUGUCUACCUACAUAAGAGGGUCCUAGUUGCCAUAAGUGUUUGUACGUGUCUACCUACAUAAGAGGGCCCCAGUGGCCGUAAGUGUUUUUACAUGUCUACCUACAUAAGAGGGUCCCAGUGGCCGUAAGUGUUUGUACAUGUCUACCUACAUAAGAGGGUCCCAGUGGCCGUAAGUGUUUUUACAUGUCUACCUACAUAAGAGGGUCCCAGUGGCUGUAAGUGUUUGUACGUGUCUACCUAUA